CCACUCCCCCCAACCUCUUUCCUUCACAGGUCAGGGAGCAGUGACCCCUACUGCAUAGUGAAGGUGGACGACGAGGUGGUGGCCAGGACAGCGACCAUCUGGAGGAGCCUGAACCCCUUCUGGGGUGAGGAGUACACGGUGCACCUGCCUCUGGACUUCCACCAUCUGGCCUUCUACGUGCUGGACCAGGACACUGUUGGGCACGAUGACAUCAUCGGCAAGAUCUCACUGAGCCGGGAGGCGAUUGCCGCAGACCCUCGAGGGAUUGACAGCUGGAUCAACCUGAGCCAUGUGGACCCGGACGCCGAGGUGCAGGGGGAGAUCCGUCUGGCGGUGCAGGUGCUGGAAGAUGGGAGGGGCCGCUGCCUUCGCUGCCACAUGCUCCAGGCCAGGGACCUGGCCCCCAGGGACAUCUCUGGCACCUCGGACCCCUUUGCUCGUGUGUUUUGGGGCUGCCAGAGCUUGGAGACUACGACCAUCAAGAAGACCCGCUUCCCGCACUGGGAUGAGGUGCUGGAGCUGCGAGAGCCACCAGGACCCCCAUCCCCUCUUCGGGUGGAGCUCUGGGACUGGGACAUGGUGGGCAAAAAUGACUUCCUGGGAAUGGUGGAGUUCUCCCCCCAGGUCCUGCAGCAGAACCCACCCAAUGGCUGGUUCCGCCUCCUGCCCUUUCCCAGAGCAGAGGAGGAUGCUGGGGGGAGCCUGGGGGCACUGAGACUGAAGGUGCGCUUGACUGAGGACCGGGUGCUGCCCUCCCUGCACUACCAGCCGUUUACUGACCUGCUCAUGGAGUCCGCGCUGGACCCGACAGAGGAGGACACUGCUAGCCCCCUGGCUGUGCUGGAGGAGUUGACCUCAGGGGACUGCCGCCAGGACCUGGCCACCAAGCUGGUGAAGCUUUUCCUGGGCCGGGGCCUGGCCGGGCCUUUCCUGGACUAUCUCACCCGGCGCGAGGUGGCUCGGACCACCAAUCCCAACACUCUCUUCCGUUCUAACUCGCUGGCCUCUAAGUCCAUGGAGCAGUUUAUGAAGCUCGUGGGCAUGCCCUACCUGCACGAGGUCCUGAAGCCAACGGUCAGUCGUGUCUUUGAGGAGAAGAAAUACAUGGAGCUGGACCCAUGUAAGAUGGAGCUGGGUCGCACACGGCGGAUCUCCUUCAAGGGCACCCUCUCGGAGGAGCACGUGCGGGAGACCAGCCUGGGGCUGCUGACUGGCUACCUGGGGCCCAUCGUGGACGCAAUUGUGGGCUCCGUGGGGCGCUGCCCACUCACCAUGCGCCUGGCUUUCAGGAAGCUGGGCCAGCGCGUGCAGGAACGUUUCCCCCAGGUGGAACACGAGGACGUGAAGUACCUGGCCAUCAGUGGCUUCCUCUUCCUGCGGUUCUUUGCACCUGCCAUCCUCACUCCAAAGCUCUUUGACCUCCGGGACCAGCACGCAGACCCCCAGACCAGCCGCUCGCUGCUCCUGCUCGCCAAGGCUGUGCAGAGCAUCGGGAACCUGGGCCAGCAGCUGGGCCAGGGCAAGGAGCUGUGGAUGGCGCCCCUCCAUCCCUUCCUGCUGCAGAGCAUCUCCCGAGUGAGGGACUUCCUGGACCGGUUGGUGGAUGUGGAAGGGGAGGAAGCGGCUGGGGGCCCAGCCCGGGUCCUGGUCCCGCCCUCUGUGACUGUCCGAGAAGGCUACCUGUUGAAGCGCAAGGAGGAGUCUGCCAGCCUGGCCACACGCUUCACCUUCAAGAAGCGCUACUUCCGGCUCAGCGGGGAGACCCUGUCCUACUCCAAGACCCCAGAGUUGCAGGUGGGGCCCAGGGACGUCCCUGGGGCCCUGCCCUACCUACCCCUUGGCGCCCCUCGUUUCCUGCAGAAUGUGAACGAGCUGAAUCAAUGGCUCUCCGCCCUGCGCAAGGCCAGCGCCCCCAACCCGGACAAGCUGGCCGCCUGCCACCCUGGUGCCUUCCGCGGCGCUCGCUGGACCUGCUGCCUCCAGGCCAAGCGCUCAGCUGCUGGCUGCAGCCGCACCCACUCGGCGGUCACCCUGGGGGACUGGAGUGACCCUCUGGACCCUGAUGCGGAGGCGCAGAUGGUGUAUCGGCAGCUGCUUCUGGGGCGGGAUCAGCUCAGGUUGGCCCAACUGAGCUCACAUGGUCCCCUUGUUUUUCUCCCAGGGGACUGUCCUAAUGUCCUGGUCCGGCAAAGAACAAUGGCUGUCCGCCUGCUGGCUGUGCUUGAAGACCUGGACCGUGCCCACGAGGAGUUCCAGCAGCGGGAGCGGGACCAGGCUGCCUCUAGGCCCCUUGGCCCCUGAAAUGCAGAAGCCCAGCCUGGAAGGGGAAGCCAGGAGCUGUGGAGCCGUGCCCAGCACACCCUGGCCCAGCUGUCCUGUCCUGUAUCACAAGGAUGUGGUGUGCCUCAGAACCUCCCGGAGAUGUGCCUAGUUUCAGAGCCAGGAACCAGGGCCACAAAAGCCCUCAGUGGGCACGGCCUUGCACUGAAUGAGCUGGCCCUCCAUCAGGAGGCAAUGGAAGUAGGAGUAAGGAACUUGUAUCAUUUGACUAAGUCUGAGGCUGCUGCUUCGACCGCUGGCCUCUAACUGUGGCCCAAGGCCCACCUGGCUCUGAGCUGCAGGAUGAAGCUGUACCUGCAUUCCUUGUGCCUAUGUAGUCACGCUUCCCCAGACAGACACUAAAAGAACUCAACCCUU